GCAAUCACCAUUUUAGUAAGAAACCCGUGUUAAAAUAUAUAAAACAUUUUCGCGCUGUGCUCGCCCUUUGUGAUAAUGUCGGCAGAUUAUGAAGAGAGACCGAGAGACAAUGGCCCUGAGGGCAUGGAGCCAGAUGGGAUCAUUGAAAGUAACUGGAAUGAGAUUGUGGACAGCUUCGAUGACAUGAACCUGCGUGAGACUCUUCUCAGGGGAAUCUAUGCCUAUGGUUUUGAAAAGCCCUCUGCCAUCCAGCAACGGGCUAUUCUCCCUUGUAUCAAGGGAUAUGAUGUCAUUGCACAGGCCCAGUCGGGUACCGGCAAGACUGCCACCUUUGCCAUCUCCAUCCUGCAGCAGAUUGAUAUAGACCUGAAAGGGUCUCAGGCCCUGGUCCUGGCGCCCACUCGUGAACUGGCUCAGCAGAUCCAGAAGGUGAUCUUGGCUCUUGGAGACUACAUGGGUGCGACAUGCCACGCCUGUAUCGGGGGCACAAACGUGCGCAAUGAGGUCCAGAAACUGCAGGCGGAGGCACCGCAUAUUGUAGUGGGAACCCCAGGCCGUGUAUAUGACAUGCUUAACCGCAAGUUCCUCUCAUCCAAGUACAUUAGAAUGUUUGUCCUGGAUGAAGCUGAUGAGAUGCUGAGUCGUGGGUUUAAGGACCAGAUCUAUGAGAUUUUCCAGAAACUCACUGCCAACAUACAGGUGGUGCUGUUGUCCGCCACCAUGCCUGCAGAGGUGCUGGAUGUCACUACCAAGUUCAUGCGAGAACCAGUGCGUAUCCUGGUGAAGAAAGAGGAGCUCACCCUUGAGGGUAUUCGCCAGUUCUACAUCAACGUUGAGAAAGAGGAAUGGAAGCUGGACACACUGUGUGAUCUUUAUGAGACUCUGACCAUCACUCAGGCGGUGAUUUUCAUUAACACACGCCGGAAAGUUGAUUGGCUCACAGAGAAGAUGCAUGCCAGGGAUUUCACUGUCUCAGCUCUGCAUGGAGACAUGGAUCAGAAGGAUCGUGACUUGAUCAUGAGGGAAUUCCGCUCUGGUUCCAGUCGCGUUCUUAUUACCACAGAUCUGCUGGCCAGAGGUAUUGAUGUCCAGCAGGUGUCACUGGUGAUCAACUAUGACCUGCCAACCAAUCGAGAGAAUUACAUUCACAGGAUUGGAAGAGGAGGCCGUUUUGGCAGGAAGGGAGUGGCUAUUAACAUGGUGACAGAAGAUGACAAGCGCACGCUGCGGGACAUCGAGACCUUCUACAACACCACCGUAGAAGAGAUGCCCAUGAAUGUGGCUGAUCUGAUCUAGAAGUUUUUUUGACCCCCCUCUCUCCAACCCCAUUCACUCCUUAUAUUGCAGUUUAUGGCCUUCUAAAAAAAGAGUAGAGGAUUGUUCAUUUCUUCUGUCUUUGUUCCACAAUCACAAAUGAGUCAUUUCAUCCACCCCAAUAUGUAGUUAUAAAAGAAAUUUUAUAAAACUCUAAAUAAACAUUGCGAAGUACAAGCUCAGCCACCUCUCGCAGAGACGAGCAGUAAGUUCUUUCAUUCUGCUCUUGAUUAGUCAUUGUUUUAAAUGGGAAUCAUAGGGUGUUUUGGAUGGGUAAUUGACUACGUUACGUUUUCAGCAUUCCAUGCCUCUGUACGUGCAUUGAUGUUUGUAGAAUGCACCUUGUGUUUACGGUUUACUUUUGACACAUUGGGUGCUAGCUUUUAAAUUGACCAUUUAAAAAAGCUUUUUCUUCCAAAUCCAGCGACUCUAUAUUCAUUGUACUUGCUGUACUAUUUGUUUUUAAAACUAUGGGUCAGAGCUAUUUAAUCACCCUCGACUGGCAUACGAGUCUGAGGACCUAGUGUAUUUCACUUCGCUCGGUUGGAUCUUGACUGAAUUCUGAGUGGUACAAAAAUUUGUGAUGGAGAAAAAAUAUUUCAUUUUGCAACAUUGAGGUAUUUAACUUUUUUUUGUAUUGGGUUUGUGUUGGGGAUGGGGGAGUUCAAUAAAGCUGCAGCAUAACUCAUAA